CAGCCACAUUGUCAGAUUAGAUAGAACAGAGGUUCAGUGUUAGAUUUAUAUACCAAAAGCCUAUCACCAAAACCACAAUCUAUCACAUGGCUGCAGAUACCUUUAGUGAGAUGUGCCUGGUAGGGGCCAUGGAUAGCCUCUGGUUUCAACAGAUUAUCCUUUUCUCACAAAAUUCUUUGUUUCUCCAAUCUGAGACUUCUGAAACUGCAGAUGAUUCAUCAAGAAACACCUCCCAGAUGUCAGUAACUUCCCAGCAAGAAAAUUCUCCAGCAAUUUCUGAUGAAAGCAGCAGCCAAGAGACUGAUAAUGAAGAAGAAGAAGAAAAAGAAACUAGCAGAUCUGAAGAGAGACUACCACAUCCAUACGCAGUCGCCGGCAGAACUAGAUGCCAAUCAUCUUCACCAUUAGCUAAAAAUCAAUCAAAAAAACUGCAACACUCCAGCUACUACAAACGAAAAUUCCUGAGAACCAGGAGCUGCAAGAGCUUAACAGACCUCGAACUUGAAGAAGUAAAAGGAUUCAUGGAUUUAGGGUUCAUAUUCCCCAGAGAAAAAUUCACCAAACGUUUGAUGAAAUUACUCCCUGGACUGCAGAGGAUCGACGCAUAUAAGCUUGAAGAGAAAAGCUCUCAAGAGAUCUCCGAAUUAACCGACAAUACUCACAAUUCCGACGUCGAAGAACAAAUAAUUCGGCCAUACUUAUCCGAAGCUUGGUUCACAAAAACCCGCGAAUCUCCAUUGCGGAAUUUGAGAAUACCUCGAUCAGCAACUGCUUCUGCUGCCGACAUGAAGAAACAAUUGAAGGAUUGGGCUCGAACUGUUGCGUUGAUCAUCCAGCAAGAGUCUUGAUCUUCUUCAUGGAUUAACAAUUUGUUUAUCUCUUGAAGAUGCUGUUAAUAUUCGACCCGCUUCAGAGUUAAUUAAUAAUUUGCAAUUUUCAGAUAAGAGGUUUGAAGAGGCAUUUUAAGAAAUUAAAAGACUGCACAAAUAAUAAAUAAUUAAUUGAUGAAUUAAUUUA